UAUCAAGAAUUUGCAGCAGCUGCAGCGCCCACCACAACAGCAACAUCGGAAAAAUGUUUAACUUUUGGAUAAUCGUUUUAUGUCUAGGAUUACUAGCAAUUAAGCCAACAAAUGGACAAUCGGACGUGGAUGUGCAAUUAGUGGUGCCGAGGUAUGUGGAGCGAGGCUCGAGCGUCACAUUCAAAUGCAAGCACAACGUAAUACCGGAAAUAUUAUUCAAGGUGACAUGGCUCAAGGUUGAGAAGGGCAAGUUCUUCGAGUUCAUAAACGGACGCAAUCCGCCGUUUCGUAACUCAACCAUCGAAGGAGCCGAAAUUGAUUGGGAGAACUCGAACGAAACGCAAGUGACAUUGAAGGAUGUGCAGUUCGAUUUGUCAGGCCAGUUCUACUGUGAGGUAUCAACGGACACGCCCAUCUUUACCAAGGCCAGCGCCGACGAGCUAAUGAGCGUUUUCUUGCCUCAGACAGGACCGCCCACCAUCAAGUUUCGAAAGCGCACUCCCUUCGCCAUAGGCGAGAAGCUGUUCGCACUGUGCAACACCACUCGAGGGCGGCCCGCCCCGCAUGUGACGUGGCUAAUCAAUGGCAAAAAGGUCGAGGAGAAAUACAUCCGCACACAUCACGUUCACUCGUUCAACGGCAAGCAUCAGCGUCGCACACAGCAGCAGCCGACGUCUCUGACUCAGCAACAGCUGCAGCACUACUACCAGCAGCAGUACUACAACCAGUAUCAGCCUCAGUACCACGUGCCCCACUACAUAGAUCGCUACGACAAGAGCCUACGCUGGGGCGGCUCCCGUCCGAUUGAUGAGUUCUCGCAGUAUGCGCCACAUCACGGCCACGACGGACACGGACAUCAUGGCAGCCUUGGCAACAUACACAACAAUCCGUUCGGCAUGCUGGCCAAUUAUCAUGACAUCGGUGAGAUACACGAGAUACAUCAGCGCAACUACGAUAUCAGCAAGAAGCAGAUGGAGCUCAAGAAGCAGCAGAUGGAGUUGAAGAAGCACAGAAACUCAAACCGAAAGUUCCGGCGCCAUAUUAACGAGAAUGCGCUCGGCAUAAUUCGCAGUACUCUGAACAGCGGCGGCUUCGGCCCUCAGGCACCCAACUUGAACAAGGAACUGGGCAUCCCGUCAAACGCCGGACCUAUGAACCAGCUGGCAGCCGGCUAUCAGCGUCCGCUGUCUCAUCCUGGCGGGGGCAGCGCCGUGGCCGCCGCAGCGGCAGCUGUGACUGCCGCUCAGAUGGAGAAGGGCAUGUUCAGCAUUAGUCAGCUCAACCUGGAAAUAACGGAGCAGCACGUGGGCACCAAUGGCCGCAUGGAGAUCACAUGUCUGUCCACAAUACCGGCGACGGUUGGCCAGGGCGAGCAGUACGCCGACUACAAAACGUAUUCGGUGAAAGUGGAGGUUGAGCGGCACCAGGCGUCCUCCACGUCGACAGCGCCACCUAGCAUUGGGAUGGCAGCGCUUGGUAACGGUAAUGGGCACGGAAACGAGACCUCUGCAGGUUGGAGGGCGCGUGGGGCUGUCCUGACGCAUCUGUGGUCGUUGGCGCCCCUGCUGAUAUUCGCAUUGCUGCCACUGAGCUAUUAGGCAGACCCAACGGCAAAAGUUGCAACACAAACUGCUGUAGGAGAGCAGACCACCGAAGUAGUAAAGGUACAGUACACCCAAACCGAGGGCACCGAUUGCAGCAGCAAAAAAAGAGAAAAGUAAAUAAAUAA